AUGGCAAACAAUGACUAUCAGUACAUGUUUAACUCCAGUUAUUAUCCUCGUGCCACUCAGUCUCAGUCUUCCGCUUCAUCUCGACAGCAAUGGAGGGCACCGAGGACGACCGAGGUCCCUCGACCUUCAAGUCUGAUGCAGAUGGGCCCUCCCAUUUACCCUGACCAAAAUCAGCUUCAGUCCGCUGGGCCAGUCCAAGGAUAUACUCAUACUCCCACCUACAUCCAGAACCCACUUGACCGGCUUGAUUCUAGCCUAGGCGGAGAGCUUGAUAGCUUCCAACCUUCUUCUGAUCUUCCUUCCGUUAAUGGCACUCAUGAUCUCAUACUGGCCUUCUACCAAGGUAGUGAACGCAGUGAAGCACCCUGGAAUCCGUUGAUGGGUAGCGCUGGCUUUAGGUCCGAACAGCCGUCUUCGGGAUCUGUGUCGGCUGCUUAUCCGAGCGCACCGAGCCUCAACCUUGGCCGAUGGCGUGAACGCGGCCCGGCAUCUGAGAUUGAGAGUACCGCGUCUGGACUUUGCCGUGAGGACUCUGGCUAUGGGAGCUAUCGAACCCUGACGGCCAGUGUUCGUUCCCAAGGCGUCCCUGAGCCCUUGCACACGGAACGAGACUGCCCGGUCACAACGACCUCGCUAGCUGACCUGUCUCUCUCUAACACCAACGCCCAAUUUCCUGACUCAACACAUCUCCAGCCUAACAAACAAGCGAAGCCGUCCAGUGUUCGUGGCGUUUCUCCGCGCAGGCAGGCCUCCCAGCAAUGCCCCUACUGCCUAGAGAGACCCAAGUGCAAAUCCGAGUACAAAAAACACGUCCUUAAACAUGAGAAGCCGUAUAAAUGCGAUUUCCCUGGUUGCACAAGAAUCGACGGCUUCACCACCGUGAACGACCUAGAGCGCCACAAGAAGAGCGUGCAUAGAACUGGAGGAAGGACAAAGUCCUACAAGUGUGCAGCAGAUAAAUGCAAAGGCAAGACAAAGAUCUGGCCACGGCUCGAUAAUUUCAAGCAGCAUAUCGAAAGAAUGCACAAGGAAGAAGAGCCAGACGUGGAUGACCUGAUCGGCCGCUCCGAAUACCACGGUGAUAAAGCCUUUGAUUCCCCACCUCCACUGCGGCCCCCAUCCCUUCCUCCUUUUGAGGAUGCCUUAGCAAAUAUAGGGGCCGGCUCGGACAUCCAAACUCUGUCGUACAACACUACCUCCGAUCUGUGUAUAUCACCGGAUCAAGGUGAUGGGCAGACCCAAGUGACGGGAAGGCAACCGCGUGAUCACAGUGGAGGCCAGCUAGGUGCCAAUCUCCUCCAACUCUAUGAUUGUGGCCGGGCUACUGACCGGGAGUCCAACCUUGGACAGAGGCAACCUGGCUUGCUCAGUUCAGUUGGCCCAGGUCCGGCUGGCCCCCGUAAUGUGCGAAGCGACACUGCGGACAUUAUCGGCUCGCUCGACCUCCUAGCUGACGCUGCGGUGGGCCUUGACUCCUGCGAUAGCGGACCUUACCACGAGGCCUUAGAGGACACGGUUCACAGCUACCCGCGAGUGGAACUGUCCGACCAUGAGGCAGCUUCUUCAUCUCCUCAAGUGAUGUCUAGUCCACCGGCCGAUGCAACCAUAACAACUCCAACCAACCCGGCAGAGGGCGAAGCAAUCAUGAAAGUUCUUCGAGAAGUCUUAAAUGGAAUGGCAAGCUUCAAGAAAAGCGGUUUAACACUCAACUCAGCCUCACGCACGGGAUCCCGGAUUGCACCACCUAGUAAGCCGUUAGCCAGUACUGAGCCUCAACGUGACGUCAGUGUAGAAAUCAUCGAGUCGGAUCGGACCGGCGACGCAGCAAGGACGGUUGUGAAUGCCCCUACACUCAAUGAAGCAAUGAAAACGCUGCUCGCUGAGUUCCUCAAAGGCCGCGAAGAGGAGGGGUCACUGUCAUCCAAAGAUGUCCCCAAGGACGCCACGGUCGAAAGAAAUAUACAAUGCUCCCACCCCGGAUGCAAAACAGUUUUGCCUCGCAAGUGCGAUCUGAAGAAGCAUAUGAAGCGCCACACCAAACCUUACGGCUGCACGUUCCACAAGUGCAAGAAGAGCUUUGGCAGCAAAAACGACUGGAAACGGCACGAAAGCACUCAGCACUUCCAGCACGAAGCUUGGCGAUGUCUAGAGCCGAAGGUUGGUAGUCAGAAGGACCAAUGCGCCGACCAUUUCUACGAACAAGCGUCCUUCGAGAGCCAUCUCCAGCAAAACCAUCAAUUCAGGGACAAGGACAAACUCAAGGAAUUCUUGUCAAAAUGCCGCAUGGGCCGCAACGGCCUGCAUCAGUACUGGUGUGGCUUCCAUAGAGAACUCCACCCGGUAAAGAACGUGGGGAUCAAGGCAUGGGAUGAGCGCUUUAACCACAUUGAUGCGAUGUUCAAGGAAGGAUGGGAGAUUGGCAAGUGGCUGUGCGUCGAGACAGACAUGACGAAAGAGCAAGAGGGUGCAGCAGAUCGGAGUGGUUCCCCUGAUAGGGAUUCAUCGCCCUCGCCUCCUUAUGGCACGGCCAAUCGGCGGACCCCAAGCCCUGGUGCAGGCCGAGCACCUCAAGGAAGCGACCUCAUGACGGCGGCGGAACCGGCAAUCCGCCAGCCAAAAGGCAACAUUCACAACCAAGAGAGCCGAUGUUCAAUUGCGUAA